AUGCCUAUUCCUUCAUCAACCAUGGCUUCUUUGCAAUCUCUAACUCUCAUCUCCAAAUGCACCAUCUUCUCAUACCAAAAACUCUCUCUCUCUUUCUUCCCACUACUCCCCGGACGUCUCAAAACUGACACUUCUAGUUAUGUUUAUAUCACAUGUAACGACGCCGGAGUUGACUUCAUUCACACCAGUGCAAUUCACAUUCAUGUUCUUGACAUUUUUUCCCCAACUGAUGUCCCUAACUAUGUCCAAGAGUUCUUCACUUUUGAUAGAACAGUGAGUUACGACUGCCAUUUCAAGCCUAUAUUGGAUGUGCAAGUGUCUGAGCUCGCCGACGGCGUUUCCAUUGGUUGUGCACUCAAUCACGUUGUUACUGAUGGCACGUCAUUUUGGAACUUUUUCGAUACUUUCACGGAGGUUUGUGGAAUUGGUGCGAGGAAGAUUUCGAGGGUACCAGACUUCCACCGUGAAUCGGUGUUGAUCUCACCGGCGGUUCUCAGAGUCCCUGAAGGUGGACCCAAGGUCACUUUCUCCGUCGAUGCUCCGUUGAGAGAAUUUUCAGUUUCAUCAGAGAAUCGAUUCUGA